CGUGGGGAAGCCAGUUCACUUUUGCCUUGUUCAAAGAUCUCGACUUUCUCCGGCGUGGUGUGUUGAAGCUCCGAUUUUCUUCUUGUUCAACAAGGGUUUGAUUUUCUUCUGCAGUCGCAGCAAUUACCAUGUCUUCGUCAUAUCUUCCUGCUACAACAGAUUCUAUUGCUGAGGCUUUAGAAGCUAAAAACCCAAAUGAAGCCAUUUCUAUACUGUACCGGGUUCUCGACAAUCCUUCAUCUUCACCAGAAGCUCUGAGGAUCAAAGAACAGGCAAUCACUAACCUCUCUGACCUUCUCAGGCAAGAGAACAAGGCUGAGGAUCUUCGCACACUGCUUACUCAGUUGAGACCCUUCUUCUCCCUUAUCCCCAAGGCUAAAACAGCCAAAAUCGUCAAGGGAAUUGUUGAUUGUGUUGCUAAAAUACCUGGGACAUCUGAUCUCCAAAUUGCCCUCUGCAAAGAAACAGCACAAUGGGCUCGUGAGGAAAAGCGUACGUUUCUCAGGCAGCGUAUCGAGGCAAGGCUUGCAGCCCUUUUGAUGGAAAACAAGGAGUAUUCAGAAGCUCUGACUCUUCUGACAGGCUUGGUCAAAGAGGUGAGGAGAUUGGAUGACAAGCUACUUCUUGUGGACAUAGACUUGCUAGAGAGUAAGCUGCAUUUCUCAUUGAGAAACCUUCCAAAGGCAAAAGCUGCCCUUACUGCUGCGAGGACAGCUGCAAAUGCCAUAUAUGUGCCUCCUGCUCAGCAGGGCACCAUUGACUUGCAAAGUGGCAUCCUUCAUGCUGAAGAGAAGGAUUACAAAACUGCUUACAGCUAUUUCUUUGAAGCAUUUGAGUCUUUCAAUGCUCUUGAGGAUCCCAGGGCCGUUUUUAGUCUCAAAUACAUGCUACUGUGCAAAAUUAUGGUGAAUCAAGCUGAUGAUGUGGCUGGGAUAAUUUCAUCCAAGGCAGGCCUGCAAUACUUGGGGCCAGAAUUGGAUGCUAUGAAAGCUGUUGCUGAUGCUCAUUCAAAGCGAUCUUUGAAGUUGUUUGAGAUUGCCCUGCGUGAUUUUAAGCCCCAGCUGGAGGAAGACCCUAUAGUCCACAGGCACCUGUCAUCUCUCUAUGACACUCUUCUAGAGCAGAACUUAUGCAGGUUGAUUGAACCAUUCUCUAGGGUUGAGAUUUCACAUAUUGCUGAGCUGAUUGAACUGCGAAUUGAUCAUGUGGAGAAAAAGCUGUCUCAGAUGAUUCUGGAUAAAAAGUUUGCUGGGACAUUGGAUCAGGGAGCUGGAUGCCUCGUCAUAUUUGAAGACUCCAAGACUGAUGCCAUCUAUUCAGCAAGUCUGGAAACCAUUUCGAACAUGGGCAAGGUUGUGGACAGUCUCUAUGUUAGGUCUGCGAAGAUCAUGGCUUGAGGUGUUUUCCAAUUCCAUUUCUGCUUUUCAGUUGCUUUUGCAUGUCACUAAGGUUGUUAAGUUGCUAGAUACUUAUCUGGUGAUGUUUAACAUUGAUUGAAUUUUACCAUAUGACCAAUACUUGGAUUUGUACUGAAAUCAUUUAUGCAUCUCGUAUCUCGUUCGGCUUUAGGAUUCCUACGUGCAUUGUCAUAUGGAUUAA